UUGAGAGAAGAGGAAGAGAAGAUUGAGAGAGCGAAAAUGAAGAAUGGAAGCGGCGAAGAAGAAGGAUACGAUCGGGCCAAGGAGGUGAACCAAUUCGACGAUUCUAAGCUCGGUGUAAAGGGACUCGUCGACUCUGGCAUCACUUCCAUUCCUCGUUUCUUCAUCCACCCACCCGAUUCUCUCACCGCCACCACCACUGCCAUCGCAGCUCCUCCUCCUGCUAAUCCCAUCCCCAUCAUCGAUCUCUCCGGAUUUGAUUCAGACCGUAGAUCGAUCAUCAUCGACCAAAUCCGAGACGCCUCCCGUUCGCUGGGCUUCUUUCAGGUCACUAACCAUGGCAUCCCCUCCGAGGUUCUCGACCGUACGAUCACAGCCAUCAAAGCCUUCAACGAGCAGCCGACGGAGAUCAAAGCGCUCCACUACAACCGCGAGAUAGGACGCAGUGCAUUAUUUUCUUCCAACUUCGAUCUCUACAGAUCGAAGGCUGCCACUUGGAGGGAUACGAUUACAGUAACGUGGGCCCCGAAUAUUGACACCGGUGAAAUCCCGGAGAUCUGUCGGAGUGAGAUUGUGGAGUGGGAUAGGGAGGCGCAACGGUUGGGAGAGACGUUGAUGGAGAUCUUAUCGGAAGGCUUAGGACUGGAGGGUGGGAGGUUAAAGGCGUUGAGCUGUACAGAAGGAAAGACUAUGGUGGCCCACUACUAUCCUUUCUGUCCCCAACCAGAUCUGACGCUUGGGAUUGCGUCUCAUACAGAUCCAGGAGUGCUGACCGUGUUGCUGCAGGACCAGAUCGGAGGGUUGCAGGUGAAGCAUGGGGAGCAUUGGGUGGAUGUUCAGCCCAUACCUGGUGCUAUCGUCAUCAACAUCGGAGAACUCCUUCAGAUUAUUUCCAAUGAUGUAUACAAAAGUGUAGAGCACCGAGUGUUGGCCAAUCAUCUUCACCAACCACGCAUCUCAAUUGGUGUUUUCUUCAAUCCAAACAAAAGAGAGAACUUCUAUGGACCCCUUCCAGAGCUUGUAUCACCAGAUGAACCAGCCCUUUACCGAUCAUUUACAUUGUCAGAAUACGCAACAAAGUAUCUCACAACGGAGUUGGGCAGCAAAUCUUUGAUGAAAUACUUUCAACUGUGACAAACAAAGGACCAAUAGGAUGAAAAAUAGAAUAAAAUGCUUAACUCAUUGUAGAA